AUGGUGACUGACAACCGGGAGGAAACCAGCGGACAGCAGCGGAACGGCCGCGGCGGCACUUCCGACGAGGCCCAGGGGAGGGAGAUGAUGCAAAGCCGGGAGCGGCCCUGUGGAGGCAGGGUGAUCUUCACAGGCCCGGAUGGAACCGGAGACUACAGGCCCAGAUCGGGUUAUUCCCCCCGCUACGUCGGAGUGGGCAGCCCCUCCCCCGAGGCCACGGGUGACCUGGGCUACCUGAGCCGGGCCGCCCCCGGCGCGCCCCCGCCCGGCCCCAGGGGGGGCUGCGUGGGGGAGGUGGGCUGGGGCUGGCAGUACAACCAGCUGCUGAACAGCAGGACGCUGCUCAGCAAUAUGCAAAUCAAGAGAAGCGAGUUCAGAGCAGCGCUGGAGGACAGGGUCACUCAGAGGGUCCAGGACUCACAGUGA